GUCACGUUGAGGGAGCUGAAGUACCCAUCUCUGCGAUUCGUCUGUUAGAUUAAACAGAGGUUGCUAGAAUGCAAGCGUCGGAAAUUAAUAAGAAUAAACAAUCUUUAAAACGCCCUUUGGAGGAUGAAGAUGCGGAUUCCAUGAGAAAAAGAGAGAAAGUUGACGAAGUUUCUGAGGCUACUUCUAAGGACAAUGAAACUGCUACUACUGCUUCAGUGAAGAAAUACAAGCCAAUUUCAAGCGACCUUUAUUUAGAUACUAUCAAUCGUAAAUUACUAGACUUCGAUUUCGAAAAAGUAUGUUCCGUCAGCCUUACAAAUCUCAGUGUCUAUGCUUGUUUAGUUUGCGGAAGGUAUUUUCAGGGACGAGGUCCCUCUUCUCAUGCAUACUUUCACGCUUUGAAUGACAAUCAUCAUGUGUUCGUGAACUGCUCUACUUUGAAGUUCUAUAUUUUACCGGAGUCAUAUCAAGUAGAAUCUAGUGCUUUGCACGAUAUUGCUUAUGUUAUGAAGCCCACAUAUACUCGCGAAGAAGUUGCUAAACUGGACCGUGUUCCUCAGGUCAGUUAUGAUCUGAUGCAUAAACCCUAUGUACCAGGCUUUGUCGGACUCAACAACAUAAAAAGCAAUGAUUAUUUCAACGUCAUCCUUCAUUUACUUUCUCAUGUAAAGCCUUUACGAAACUAUUUGUUAUUAAACAACUUUGAUGGCUGUUCUCAAGUUAUUCAGCGAUUAGCAAUUACAGUCCGUAAAAUAUGGAACCCCAAAGCAUUUAAAGGACAUGUUUCUCCUCAAGAGUUAAUUCACGAGGUAACUCUUUUAUCCCAUAAAAAGUACUCAAUGAACGAACAAAAAGAUCCGCUAGAGUUUUUAUCAUGGCUCCUGAAUACUUUGCAUGUUUCAUUAGGUGGGAAAAAGUCAACGAUUGAGAAGCCAACUUCAAUCAUUCACUACAAUUUCCAAGGUCACGUGCGUGUUGAAUCUCAAAAAAUUCGCCAACAUACACAAAAUGGAGAUCACGUAGUAUUUGAAGGAGACCGAGUCAUCAAAACGGAUGUUGUCCCAUAUCUGUACCUUACAUUGAAUCUGCCUCCGAGGCCUUUAUUUCAAGAUGAAUUUGAAGGAAACAUUAUUCCUCAAGUUGAACUGGUAAAGUUAUUAGAAAAGUAUAACGGCGUCACAACUCAGGAGUUAAGUGGCAUGCGUCGGCGGUUUCACCUGAUGAACACGCCGCCAUAUCUAUUAUUCCAUAUGAAACGUUUCAUGAAAAAUAACUACUUUACUGAACGAAAUCCUACCAUUGUCACAUUUCCUCUCGAUAACCUAGAUAUGAGUCCAUUUAUUGACGAUUCGUUCUUAAAGUCACAUCCAAAAAUUUCACCAAGGUACAAUCUUAUUGCAAACAUCGUUUAUGAAUCGGUUUUGUCAGCUGAUGGAGAAACGCAUGUCUUUCGGGUACAGCUACGAAACCCAGCAUCGAACAAAUGGUACCAAAUACAGGAUUUAUAUGUUGAAGAAAUCAGCAGUGACAUGAUUAAUUUAGGAGAAAGCCUCAUCCAAUUAUGGGAACGGGCGCCUUAGCUUGCUUUUUUGACUUUAAGUUUUUUAUGUGUAUAAAAGUUCUUUUCGGGUUACCAGGAUAAUAGAAAAAUAAAAUAUAGACUCAGUAAAGCGA